GUAUAACAACCUUCGUGAGAGUCGUGCGACGCCGCGCCGUUCGUCUCAGAAUUGACGAGAGCUGUAUCAUAUUUUCGAAAAAUCGAUCGCCGCGUCUCGUCACCAGCGGGCGAUUUGCAUCCUCUCAUUCGCCGCUACUCAUUCGAAAGUUUACGCGGUGUAGCAACGCGCCUCUCUUGAAUCAGCCCUCUUCAUCGCGCGUCAAAGAGGAUCAAUCGAAUUAGAAUCAAUUGAAGUCAAUCGAAUUAAAGUCAUUCUCGUUGAAAUUUGAAGAGAUACCUUUUCCGAAACUUUUCUUUCUUUUUGAAGAGAAAAUAGUCGCAAAAGUGCAAGAUUUAUUACUGCGAACGACUAAUACAAAUUCUCUCCUUUGCGAGAGUGAAGCAAUGAAUUGAUUUGAUCGAUGAGAUCAACGACUACAAUCACGUUUUCGUUUGAAUAAACAUUAAAGAGGAGAUAGCAUCAACUGUUUUUCUUGCUACAGACACAAGGGCACUAUUAUUACGAUAGUUUACAGGCGCGUUGUGUGUGGUCUGUGCGUGUGAUAAACGUUAUCUACGUGCGAUACAAAAUCCUUUCGAGACUAAAAGGCGAGAGUUAUCCUUUUCGGGAAAUGUCGGUGGUGGUUCCUAUCCUGUCCGGAAGCGCAUAUUAAUCGCCUAAGGAGAACAAUGUUGACGGCGCUCCUCUGUGGCUCCUCGUAAAAGGGCAUCUCAUCGUGCCCAUCCGUUUAAUAAUUCGAUCGUUAAGUGAUGUCACGACUCGUUCCGUUUCGUUAAAAGAUGCCUUUCACGUUGUAAAGUGACCCUCGUGGAGAGAAGCUGUACACUUACGAUGGGCAAGCUUUUGAGUCUUUUGGCUCGAGACGAGUCUACCUGUUGCACGCCUCAAAAGUACGACGUCUUCUUAGAUUUCGAAAAUGCACAGCCAUCGGAUAUCGAACGCGAGACGUUUGAGGCAGUGCAAAGGGUGCUGAAAAAUUCAGAAUCUAUUUUGGAGGAAAUACAAUGUUAUAAAGGAGCCGGGAAAGAAAUCAGAGAAGCGAUUUCGGCGCCCACGGAGGAAUGUCAAAGAAAAGCUUAUCUGACCGUAGCACCCCUCGUCGCGAAACUCAAACGAUUUUAUGAGUUUUCCUUGGAACUUGAAAGGGUCGUCCCGAAAAUUUUGGGGCAACUGUGCUCGGGAAAUCUCUCACCGACGCAACAUCUGGAGACGCAGCAGGCCCUAGUCAAGCAAUUGGCAGAGAUACUGGAAUUCGUAUUGAAGUUUGACGAACAUAAAAUGAAAACGCCGGCGAUCCAGAACGACUUCAGUUAUUAUCGAAGGACGUUGACGAGGGCGUCGUUGGCGCGACAGGACAACGCCGAGAAGGAUCUAGUUGUCGGCAACGAGCUCGCCAACCGAAUGUCCUUGUUCUACGCCCACGCGACACCCAUGCUUCGUGUUCUGAGUCACGCGACCAUUACUUUCUUGAUGGACAACGAAGAUAUAGCAAGAGAAAAUAUAACAGAAACGCUUGGUACAAUGGCAAAAGUGUGUCUUCGAAUGUUGGAAAAUCCGAAUUUGUUGGCGCAAUUCCAACGAGAAGAGACCCAGCUCUUUGUUUUAAGGGUUAUGGUGGGUCUGGUGAUCCUCUACGAUCAUGUACAUCCCCAAGGUGCCUUCGUAAAGGGUUCGAAUGUGGAUGUCAAAGGCUGUGUAAAACUAUUAAAAGAUCAGCCGCCUUGUAAGAGCGAAGGUCUGCUAAACGCCCUUCGCUAUACCACGAAGCACUUGAACGAGGAGAACACGCCGAAAAAUAUAAAAAACCUGCUGGCCGCAUGAUUACCGAAGCAACGCGGCUGCUGCAUCAGAAGUUGAAGCCACACUUCUUCGCAGACACUUCUCCAACGGUAUCGUCUCGAACGACCGUCUUUGUAGCUCCAAAGAUCCAAGAGUCUCUCCCAUUCGCGCGUAAAGCGGUCUUCUUUUCCGCGCGCAUCCGGUUUGACGGACCACACGCGUGUUCUCGGAACUACGUCGAAAGCUGCCCUGUCGAAAACUGCCGAGAUAUUUGAAGCCUUCGAACAUAAAUUAUUAAUUGACACAUUGAUAUGGCCAUCGAAUUCGUAAAACGAUCGAUCGUCACGUGUUCCUUUUAUUUUCCUAUGGUCGAAAGAGUUCACGUGUGUGAUUAUAUUACUUAUUAUUUUUGCUGAUCUUACAUAUUGCAGGCGAAACAAACAUUGUUGUGUCACAGCGAAUAUUCCGAACUUUAUCAAAUUUUAUCAUUCUCUCUCUCAUUGAACACUUAAAACAUUUAAAAUUUUUGUUAAGCAUUGAUGCUUAUCUAUUAUGAUCUCUAUUAACGAUUCGAGUUUUUAAUUUACAAAAUUUUUUUAACGAUAGGAAAAGUUAAGUAAAAGCCGAAAUAGAUUUUUGCGCACAGCGAUCGUUUUUUUGAUGCAGCGUUUCAACCAAAGUUGUUUAUUAAUAUAAUUUCCGCCCGGAGAGGACGAGAAAUUAAUUAGAGCAUAUCAUAGAGUGUAUUUAGGAUAACAUAGAUGUGGACUUUUGGGGGUGUUACGAAGAGAGCUUUAAUCACGUUAUGGAUAUUAUGGAGAUUUUUAGCUCUUGUUUUCUUUGUUGAAUGGCGGGCGAGAGGGUGGAUUGUGGGACUGUGAGAUGUUGUAAGUCGCAAAGUCGAAUAUUGCCGGAACAAAUCUCAUUUUAUUGAUAUAACCCCGUAUUUGGAAAGUAUUUGGAAUCUAUAUUUGAAAUGUAUCGAAUAUUAUUGUGUGUGAUCUAAAAUCGUAUUUUGUAGCCUUUCCUUAUAUAUGAUUGAAAAACAGAAGAACACCAAAGAUGCUUUUAGUGUAUAGCAAAAUUGCUAGAACGGCAGAUGUGAUUUAAUAUUAUUAUUAUUAUCAUCAUUACUAUAUAUCACAUUAUAUUAUUAAUCUUAUUAUAAAUGAUCUUAUGAAAGUCCUACUUAUAGUAAUCAGCGAACUCACACGUGCCGCGAUAUAGGUCAGUGAUCGUCAUAUAAAUACGGAUGUACAAAUGUAAUUGUACACGAUAAUUUGCUGUACUUCCUCCUAACAUAUGCAACCAUACAUUUUGAACAAAGCUAAUUUAAAUCCCGGAUUUUUUGCAUCAAGAAAUUUAUUACGGAGAUUAUUCUUAGUGUAUGAAAAUUUUUUUUAAGUAUUUAUUAUAUAGUUUUGGGAUAUUAUGUUUUUGUAUGGCUAUAUUAGAUGACUGGUUUUCGAUUAGUUAUACAGAGUGUCCGGCAAGUAACCAAACGAAAGG